AUGAAGUUCUCACUUGUCGCGCUCUUUGCUGCCUCCGCCAUCGCCGCCCCUCAGUUUGGUGCUGGCAAGGGCAAGGGUGUUAGCAGUGUGCCCACCGGAUUUCCCAUCCCGACGGGCCCCGUUCCUACAGGAUGGCCGCUGCCAACUGGUGGAUGGCCUUCUGGACUUCCAUUUCCUACAGGUGGCUCUGGCUUUCCCUUCCCCACUGGGGGCUUCGGAAACGAGGAUGGUGCUCUAUUCAACGCUGAAGAAAACUCCCCUUCUCCUCCCACCCCGACCGGCAAGGGCAAAGGAAAGGGCAAAGGAAAGGGCACAGGAUGGCCUACUGGCUUCCCUACUGGCUUCCCUACCGGCUUGCCUACCGGCUUCCCUACUGGCUUUCCUACGGGCUUUCCUACAGGCUUUCCUUUGCCGACUGGCGGGCCUCAUGCCAACGAGUAA